AUGGAAGGACCUACCCCUAUUUCUGCUCUUAUCCAUGCUGCUACUAUGGUAGCGGCGGGAAUUUUUCUUGUAGCCCGACUUGUUCCUCUUUUCAUAGUUAUACCUUCCAUAAUGAAUGGAAUAGCUUUCAUAGGAAUAAUAACAGUAGUAUUAGGAGCUACUUUAGCUCUUGCUCAAAAGGAUAUUAAGAGAAGUUUGGCCUAUUCUACAAUGUCUCAAUUGGGUUAUAUGAUGUUAGCUCUAGGUAUGGGCUCUUAUCGAGCCGCUUUAUUUCAUUUGAUUACUCAUGCUUAUUCAAAAGCAUUAUUGUUUUUAGGAUCCGGAUCCAUUAUUCAUUCAAUGGAAACUAUUGUUGGAUAUUCUCCAGAUAAAAGUCAAAAUAUGGUUCUUAUGGGCGGUUUAACAAAACAUGUGCCAAUUACAAAAACCGCUUUUUUAGUAGGUACACUUUCUCUUUGUGGUAUUCCACCCUUUGCCUGUUUUUGGUCCAAAGAUGAAAUUCUUAAUGAUAGUUUUGUAUUCACCAAUUUUUGCAAUAAUAGCUUGUUCCACAGCAGGAUUAACCGCAUUUUAUAUGUUUCGAAUCUAUUUACUUGUUUUUGA